CGGGACUGGAGGCAGCCACGUUUCCCCAGCAGCAGCAGCAGCAGCAGGCCAUCCAUCCAUCCCAUCUGUGUGUCGCAUUGCCGCGAGUCGAGAGCACUGCCAUGGGCCAGGAGGUGCUGGCGUUCCGGGCAUUCCCUGCAUGCUCUGCGAGCAUGUGCCUCAUCAUCAUCCUCUCGCGCGUGUCGCUACCGAUCUCAGUCUCGGUCUCUCAUCUCCGGCACUGCCUCCUCUCUGUGUGAAGAACACUAGCUCGCACGCCCGUAGUGGCGCAGUUGGAAAAUGAGCGCGUGCGAGGCGGCGGCGGCGGCUGCAUCGGCUGGCGAGGAGUCCGCCACCAAGUCCGAGGAGGGCCAGCCGCCGGAGGAACAGAAGCAUGAGAAGCUAGAAAAGUUGGUGGUCAAACAGGCAAGCGGGAAACAGGAGAAGCAACAGCAGCCGGAGAAGAAGCCGCAGGAGAAGCAGCCUCAAAAUGGCAAACCCGAGUCAGAGACCUUGGACAAAAUGCCACAUCCCCAACUGGAGUCCAUACGUAGCUCUGUCCUGCUGGACAACAGUGCUGCUGCCCCUUCUAUCGAUGCUUUGGUGGCCUGCAAGGAUGCUUUGCUGGCCCAGAAGCUAUUUGCCAGCGGCGGCGCCACUCCAGGCCCCAGUCCCACAGGUACUUCUGGAGGAGGAGCAGGAGGAGGUGCUAGCGGCGGCGGCUCUAUGGGCGGUGUGAGUGGCAAGGAUCUGCUCAAGCUGAAGGAACCCAUGCGUGUGGGCUUCUAUGAUAUCGAACGCACCAUUGGCAAGGGCAAUUUUGCCGUGGUAAAGCUGGCCCGGCAUCGCAUCACCAAGAACGAGGUGGCCAUCAAGAUCAUAGACAAGUCGCAGCUGGACCAGACCAACCUACAGAAGGUCUAUCGCGAGGUGGAGAUUAUGAAGCGACUGAAGCAUCCGCACAUCAUCAAGCUUUACCAGGUUAUGGAGACCAAAAACAUGAUCUACAUAGUCUCCGAGUAUGCCAGCCAGGGCGAGAUCUUUGAUUACAUUGCCAAAUAUGGCAGAAUGUCAGAGUCGGCGGCCCGCUUCAAGUUCUGGCAAAUCAUCUCGGCGGUGGAGUAUUGCCACAAGAAGGGCAUUGUUCAUCGUGAUCUCAAGGCUGAGAAUCUGCUCCUGGAUCUCAAUAUGAACAUCAAGAUAGCUGAUUUUGGUUUCUCGAAUCAUUUCAAGCCUGGCGAGCUCCUAGCCACCUGGUGCGGCUCACCGCCAUAUGCAGCACCCGAGGUGUUUGAGGGGAAACAGUACACGGGACCGGAGAUUGAUAUUUGGUCCUUGGGCGUGGUUCUGUAUGUCCUCGUCUGUGGCGCCUUGCCCUUUGAUGGCUCUACGCUGCAGAGCCUGCGGGACCGUGUCCUUUCUGGUCGCUUUCGCAUCCCCUUCUUCAUGAGCUCCGAGUGCGAGCAUCUCAUCCGUCGCAUGCUUGUCCUGGAGCCCACACGUCGCUAUACCAUCGAUCAGAUUAAGCGGCAUCGUUGGAUGUGUCCCGAGCUGCUGGAGCAUGUCCUUAUAGCCAAGUAUAAUUUGAGUGCCGAGCGACAGUCGGGACUGGAGCCCAGCGAGGAUAUCCUUAGGAUAAUGGCGGAAUAUGUGGGCAUUGGGCCGGACAAGACGCGGGCGAGUCUCAAGAAGAACACCUAUGACCAUGUGGCGGCCAUUUAUUUGCUACUCCAAGAUCGCGUCAGUCACAAGAAGGAGCAGAGCAAUGGCUCAUCGGUUGCCGCCGCCCAGCAGCGGUUGCUCUACAAGAGCACCAAAAUCGACCAGCAGCAGCAGCAGCAGCAACAAUCCAAGACAAUAUCCACCAGCUCGAUCCUGGCCAAGGAUCAGGCCCACAAAAGACUUAGCCGUCAUCAGACGGUGCUUAUGAGUGACCGCCCGGAACCCAGUCACUAUUAUGCCAAGUACUCGCCUCUCCAGCUGCCACUCCAAGCCCAUUUGGCGGGGUAUCUAAAUGGAGCAGGAGGAGGAGGAGGUGGAGUGCCAGAGGUGGAGCCACCGCCUGGCAUACCCUUACCCAUGCGUUAUACCCCAUUGCCUGCAGCUGUUUCGCCGGCGCCCUCCAACAGCUCUACGAACUCCUCGCGAAUGGGAAGGCACAGCCUGAGCUCCAAUUCACCGCAUGGCCAUCGUCCGGUGGCCAUAUCCCUAAGCAUUGACAACAAUCCCUCGCUGGUUAAUCUACGCUGCCGGGAGAUGAUGGAGGGAGGAGGAGGACCAGGACCCGGACCCGGACCCGGUGUACCCUUGGCCUCGAAGCAACUGCAUCAGACCAUCAGCGAGUACAUCAUCAAGCAGAGCACCGAAGACUGCCGGCAGCUGCUGCAGCAGUCCACAGCUGUGGCGGAGGGCAAGGAGGAGCCGCCCAAGCUGCCGGAAACAGCAGCCUCUCCUUCAGUGGGCGGCGGAGGAGGAGGAGGAGGAUCAGGUUCAGCUUCAGGCAUGGCUUCCGUUUCGGGCUCCUGUUCUGGCGAGAGCAAUACCAAGACCAUGAAGGCCAUGUCCGGCUCCAGCAGCUUUGACUCUCAGGCCAAUCUUGGCCAGAGCUUUCGCUACAAGAUGUCCGCCGAGGCCACCAAGCUGUUCCAGACCCUCCAGGAGAGUCCUUUGCCCGUAGAGCAACGAAGCAAGCGACGUGGCCAACUGGGCGGCAGCAGCACCACCACCAAUGGCAGUGGCGGUGAUUCCGGCCAGGAGAUGAACGAGUCCAAAUCGAAUGGUGACAGCAGAUCAGAGAAAAAGGUCCUGGCCCAGGGCAGCUCCAGCACGGAUGAGGGCUGCGAAACGGAUCAGGGCAAUGAUCCCUCCGGCUCGGCCUCACAAGAGUCCAAGGACAGCAAUGGUCAUGGUCAUGGCCAGGCCAAUGGUGGACCCACCUCGCACUCGAGCAGCGAUCUAACCCACCUGGCCGGCGGUGCUGGUGGAGGCGGCAGCCGGGGUGGCAAUGGAGGCCAAACCCAUCGGAUGCGUUCGUAUGCCAGCAGUAGCUCCUCCAGCGGUGUCUUAGCUGGCAGCGCCGGCAGCUAUUCCAAGAGUCUCAGCCAGAAUUUAAGUCGCGGCUCCUCGAAGAGCAACUGCAGCGGCCCCUACGAUAGCCUGGACUUUGCUUUGCCCUCGGGCAAGGGUAGUCUGCCCUCCUGUAUGGGUUCCAGCUCCAUGCUGGCCACACCCACGCCGGCUUCGGGUUCGCCGGCGGCCGUCUCCUCGGAGCAUUCGUCGGAGCGUUCGUUGUAUGGCAGCCACAGCUCCUGCAUCCAUAUGCCAGGGGCCUUGGCCUUGGGCCUGGGCUUGGGUCUGGGUUUGCCGCCUCCUAGUUCGGCCUCCACGCCCACACCGAAUCCCACACCGCCGCCAAACGGAGGAGGAGGAGGAGGAGGUGCACCCUUUCUGGACAAGCGUUCGCCCAUACAUUUCCGCGAGGGACGUCGGGCCAGCGAUGGCUUGGUGGCCCAGGGACUGCUCAGCUCGGGCAGCCUGCUGGGCACUAGCCGGGUGUAUGGAAGCUAUCGCUAUGAGCAGGCCAAGCGACACAACUGGCUCGAGAUCCAGCAGCUGCAGCAGGAGGCGGCACACCACCAGCAUCAUCAGCAGCAGCAGCAUCAUGGACAUGGACAUGGCCAGGUGUAUGGCCUGGAGGAGCUUUGUCAAUUUCCCAAUGGUCAAUUUUAUGUCCUGCCCGCCGGCAAACAUCAUCCGCUAAUGACGCUGCCGCAUCAUCAUGGACAUGCUCAUGGUCAUGGUCAUGGCCAUGGUCAUGGACAUGUUCAGCAUCCUCUGUUCCAUCCUGGUCAGGCGGCUGCUCCACCACCGCUGCUCCUGGAAGCCGGCGCUGGCGGGGAUCUGUAUGGUCAUGCUGCUGCGGCCGCCGCCGCCGCUGCGGCUGCCGCUGCUGCUGCUGCUGCCUGCUAUGCUCCGCCACCGCCGCCACCGGGUCUCUAUCCACAUCCACAUCAUCCUUUAGCAGUGCCCAUGUCGCCCAUGCAGAAGCCACCGCUGCAGCAGCAACUGCUUCAGCAUCGUCUGCUCCAACAGAAGCGUCAGCUCUUCCAGAAGCAGUACGCUUUGGAGGCUCAGCUGGCCGGGCGACAUCAUCAGCAGCAGCAUCCACAUCCACAUCCGCAUCAGCAGCAGCAGCAGCAUCAGCUUCAUCAGCACCAUCAGCACUUUGGCCACCCGCAGCCGCCGCCACCACCACCGCCUGCUCCCAAUCCCGAACAGCACCUGGCCGAGGAGCUGUAUGAGUUGGCUUUGCUGGAGCGACCCAGGAGCGGCACACCGCGGUUGCAGCACUCGAUGACCAUGCCGGGAGCACAUGCCUUCAGCCAGAUGAACCUAAAGACCUCCUACAUCAGCCAAUCGGAUCAGCAGGGCUCUGGCCAGGGAGCAGGAGGAGCAGCAAAUGGUGGGGCAACGGGUGUGGUUGGAGGAGGAGCAGCAGCAGCCGGAUCAGUGCCGCCGUCCACAGCACCGGGCACGCCCACGGCAUUCAAGUGCAAGCCGGCCACGCCUCACGGGCACAGCCUGGAGGCCGAAUAUCAUACAUCGACGCCCGUGCUCAGUUUAUUCACGCCCAACUGGCAGUCGCUGGUGAAGCCGCUCAGCGAGAGUCCCAUCCUGGAGAUAUCCGAGCACCUGGAGUCUGUCUGAGCGGGAUGAAGGCGGGAAUAUGGGGAAGAGGGUGCAAAAGGGGGAUGCUCUCCCCGGGGGAAGGGAGGCAUCGGACUAAUGGGGGCCUUCGUUGGUCACCUUUUUUUAUUAAGCUCGCAAUCGCAAUUAUGAAUUAUUUGAUCCCAUAUACGAUAUACAAACCAGGCAUACAUAUAUAGAUAUAUAUAUAUAUAUACAAUACACGGAUCCAUCUGGAACUGGAACUGGGAGCUAUACGAUGGAAUCAACGUAAUAUUGGAAGAUUUAGUUGUGUUACUAGCCUUAAGUAGUCCAAGUUUCGUACGCAUACACGCAGACAUAUACAAUAUGUAUAUUGAUAAUAAUAGCGUUAAGCUAUAGCUCUACUUAUGAUUACACUAUAUAGUAAACCCCCGGAGAGGAGGAGGAGGAGGAUGAGAAGGAAAAACCGAAGAACAACGUAACUACAUAUAUCAAUUAUUCGAAGCAUUUAUUGGGGGCAUAGAUAGGGUAUAUCCAUAUAUGGAUAUAUCUAUUAUGUAUUGGUACAAUAAUUAGCAACAAGCAAGAAAAAAAAAAGAAACAAAAACAAAAAAAAAACAUCGAUUGUUCUUAAACAUGGAAUUCAAAUGUAAACCAGAUAUUAAAGUCAUUUGGUAUAAAAUGCAA